AUGGGUCGUGUCAUCCGUUCGCAAAGAAAAGGUCCGGGCGGUAUCUUUAGAGCUCAUACUAGACUUCGCAAAGGAGCAGCUAAAUUACGCCCUUUAGAUUUUGCCGAACGCAACGGAUACAUAAGAGGUAUUGUUAAAGAAAUAGUCCACGAUCCAGGUCGCGGCGCACCUCUUGCAAAGCUUCGUCUCCAAACAUUCAUUGCUACCGAGGGUCUACAUACUGGUCAAUUCGUUUAUUGUGGCAAAAAAGCCACAUUGACAGUUGGCAAUGUGCUUCCCUUAGGAUCCAUGCCUGAAGGUACAAUAAUUUGUAACAUUGAAGAAAAGAUUGGUGAUCGUGGUGCUUUGGCCCGUGCCUCCGGCGACUAUGCUACCAUAAUUGGUCAUAAUCAUGACGAAGGCAAGACUCGUGUCAAACUUCCUUCAGGUGCUAAAAAAGUUAUCAAUUCCAAUGCUCGUGCGACAAUUGGUAUAGUCGCUGGGGGUGGUCGUAUUGAUAAACCUUUACUCAAAGCUGGUCGUGCUUAUCAUAAGUACAGAGUAAAAAGGAACUGUUGGCCGAAAACUCGUGGUGUAGCUAUGAAUCCCGUAGACCAUCCUCAUGGUGGUGGUAACCAUCAACACAUUGGUCACGCUUCUACGGUUUCUAGGGAAAGCGCUCCUGGACAAAAAAAGAAGUGGUUUACUUCGUGGUACCAAUAA